AUGAGGUUCUCAAGCCUGUUCAACGCGCUUGGGGCGCUUACUGUCCUGCCGGUGCUUUCGGCCGCCCUCACCGUUGGCGAUGUCAUGAGCCAGUCGCUAGCUCAUUUCGGCGAGCGCGAGCUCGAAAGGAGGACCAGCAUAGGCGACAUCAUCAAGGACAUCGAGAACAAGGCCACGUGUGGCGCCUGCAACUCCCUCCUCCUCGUCCUCCAGGCGCUUGCUCACACGGGCAACGACAACUUCACCAAAGUCAUCACGGCCGUGUGCCAGAGUCUCAAGGUCCAGGACAGCGACGUCUGUGCCGGAGCCAUCGGUCUCGAAGGCCCCAUCCUGGCACACGACCUUCGCACCAUGACGGUCGGGACCAAAACGUCAGACCUCUUCUGCCUCACCGUCUUUGGGCUCUGCCAAUGGCCCGACAUCGACACCAAGAACGCACCCAAGCUGUCGGCCAAGCCGGCCGGGGUCUCCCGCCCCGGCACGAGCGGCCGUGCUCCGCUCAAGGUCGUGCACAUCAGCGACAUCCACAUCGACCUGAGCUACGAGCAGGGGGCGAGCUGGAACUGCACCAAGAACAUCUGCUGCCGCCCCUACACGGCGGCGGACGAGCCCGGCCAGAACGACACGCCGGCGGGCAAGUUUGGCGACGUGCACUGCGACACGCCCGUCACGCUGGAGGAGAGCAUGUACACGGCCAUCGAGACGCUCGUGCCGGACCGCAACUUCACCAUCUUCACGGGCGACGCCGUCGAGGGCGCGGUGUGGCUCGUCAGCCAGACCGAGGUGACCAACGACCUGAACGACGCCUUUGGUCGCAUGCGCAGCCUCGGGACCGUCUAUCCCGUCACCGGCAACCACGACGUCGCUCCGGUCAACUCGUUCCCCCCGAGCGCGGUCGACACCGACAUGUCCUCGCAGUGGGCGUACGACACCAUGAGCACCGGCUGGCAGGGCUGGAUCGGGUCCAAGGCCGCAGCCGAGGUCUCGACCAACCACGGCAGCUACUCGGUCCUGGACAAGGCGUCAGGCGUGCGCAUCAUCAGCCUCAACACCAACUUCUGGUACAAGCAGAACUUUUGGAUGUACGAGAAGAACUGGGAGAGCGACCCGAGCGGCAUGUUUGCCUGGCUCGUCAGCGAGCUGGACAAGGCCGAGGCUGCCAAGGAGAGGGUUUGGGUUCUGGGCCACAUGCCCAUGGGCUCUGGGGAUACCUUUCGCGACUCGUCGUAUUACUUUGACCAAAUCAUCCAGCGAUACGACGCCACCAUCGCCGCCACCUUCUACGGCCACACCCACAAGGACCAGUUCGAGAUCGCCUACAGCGACUACAACUCCAAGUCGGCCUCGACGGCAACCAUGGUGUCCUACGUCGCGCCGGCGCUGACCCCUACGUCGGGCCACCCGACGUUCCGCGUCUACGACGUGGACCCCGUCACGCUCGCGGUGCUCGACUACACCGUCUACUACACGGACCUCAACGCGCCAAGCUACCAGACGAACCCGGUCUGGCAGAAGCUGUACUCGGUCAAGGAGGCCUACGGGCCGCUGGUGGGCGUGACGGACCCCGCGGCGGAGCUGACGCCCGGGUUCUGGCACGACCUCACGACCGUCUUCGAGACGGACGACGCCGUGUUCCAGACCUACCGGGCCCGCAAGACGCGCGGCUACGACGCCUCGUUCUGCGACGCCGACUGCAAGGCCGCCGAGAUCUGCCAGAUGCGCGCCGCCGACGCCCAGCACAACUGCAUCACCGUCAAGCCCGGCGUCCACUUCAAGAGGGACGAGGGCGCCGCCGCCGCCGCCGCCGCCGCCAACGACGACGGCCACGGCCACGUUGGCGAGUGCGACGGCAGCAAGGCCGCGCCCAUCCUCAACACGAUAUCGACUUCCACCGACGGCUUGGAGGCCCUCGAGAGCGUCUUGGUGGAGGUCUUGGGCCCGGCCUUUUUGGAACAGCAGGUUCCUGAUUUGAAUGCGACGUCUGCUUCGCAUUAG